CAUUUAAAAUGUUUACAAUAUCAAAAACAUUAACCUCAAGAUAAAACUAUUAUUAAAGCCAACAUAAAAAUUAUCCAACGGGACUAUAACUUCCAGUGGCUGUUGCAUAUUCCAAAUGAACAAAUUCCAACAGCCGCUAUGCUGUAACUAACAUGCAGCCAGACUUGCCAAACACCUACUUGGCCAGGUAUAGCAACAUCUGAGUGGCAAUACGCGCAAUCGAAAUUACGCAUGCGUACAGGUGGAUGAUAAUUUUGAAAUUAAUUAAAUUAAUGAAGAUUGUUUAGCGAUUAUAUAAAAUACCUUAAAAAAUUCAGGAGAUCACUAUUUUCUUUUACUUUCAUUUUUAUUUUUGCAUUUCUGAGUCGUCCUGCGUACCAGAUAUGACCCAUAGCACCCUCAGGGGAAGGCGUACCCCCGGUUGAAACCCUCGUGUUAAAUCAACAUUAGCUGCACUUGGUUUGCUGGCAUAUAGGAAAAAGGAAUACAAGCUCAGUGCGUCACAUUUUAUUGGUCAACAGAACGUGCAUGGUUAAAUGUUCACUCGCCCAGAGGGAGAAAUCUGCACAGCAACAAGCGCCAUCACUGCGUUGCAAGCAGCUGAUUCAUCACACAAUGACGAAGAGCACUCCAAGAGACAGGAAGUGGGAACAGCAAUGACUAUGGAACUCCUAGAAGAAGACCUUACUUGUCCUGUUUGCUGCUGUUUAUUUGAGGACCCACGGGUACUACCUUGUUCCCACAGUUUUUGCAAGAAAUGUCUGGAAGGUAUUCUUGAAGGAAGCAGCAACAGGAGCUGGAGACCACCGUUUAAAUGCCCCACCUGUCGUAAGGAAACAACGACUACAGGAAUAAACAGCUUACAGAUCAAUUAUUCAUUGAGUGGCAUUGUGGAAAAGUACAACAAGAUCAAACUCGCACCAAAAAUGCCCAGUUGUAGAACACACAGCGGACAGCCACUGAAUAUCUUCUGUUCCUCGGAUCUGAAACUAAUUUGUGGGUUUUGCGCUACAAUGGGGGAUCACAAGGGACAUAUGUUUUGUGCGAUGGAAAACGCAUAUCAGCAAGAGAAGGCGGCUUUCGAGGAACUUUUUCUGGGAUUUGAGAACUGGCGCAACGCGGAUGUGCGGUCAUGCUUGGAUACAUUGGAGAACAGCAAGAGAAAGGCAUUGCAGCUGGUAUCUAAGGAUGGGGAAAGGGUAACAGAAUACUUGGAUAAAUUAAUCCACACGCUGGAACAAAAGAAGAACGAAAUACUAUCCGAUUUUGAAACCUUGAAGCUAGUGGUACUGCAGACCUACGAUCCCGAAAUAAACAAACUGAGCGUGGUCCUUGAAGAACAGAAAAGGGCGUUGAGCAUCGCCGAGACUUUAAAGGACGUGUCUGAUCCGCUCCUGUUUCUGCAGCAGAUGCAAGAAUUUCGGGAGAAAUUGAGAAUCAUUCGGGAGACUCCCCUGCCUUCUCGCCCAUGUAUGGAUGUCAAUCCCAUAGUGCAAAACUUUGAUACAAAGAAGUGGGACUCUGUAAAACUAAAGGAUGUCGAUAAGAUUGUUACCCCCCACGAAAAAUGCACAUCUCCCUUUUUAAAACCAAAGACCUCACGAGCUCUCCUGGUUACAGCUUCCAUGUGCCUCUUAGCAUUAGCAUUGUAUAUUCAGGAUUCACUAAGUCUCUCAUUUCUAUUAAACCAAAUGUCAACGGUUGGUAGUUCAUGUUUACCUGCUUCAUUGGAAUCCUCAGACUAUGCUGUGACAUGCUGGGGCGAGGUUGUAAACCUGUGUUUGUUUCUCUGUGACAUCUGUCAGAAACAUACACUACUUCUGCUUAAUUAUACUGCAGAAUUUGUUUGCAGUUACAAGUUAUUAUAGAUAGGAAUGUUCGUUUCUACACACGCACUGUUACAGUUUAUACAUUAAUAUUAAAAUGACAAUUAAGAAUACCUUUUAAUAAAAUACCAGAUACGAUUUGUUAUCAUAGAUAAAUGUAUACUGGGUUUGUUUAGCGUGAUAAUAUAAUGUAAGUUGGUUUCCUUCUGCAGUAGUAUUUGAUUUUUUUUUUUUUUUUUUAACAUGAUGGGAUGUUAACACAUGUCUAUUCAAAUCAAAUUAAAAUAAUGUAUCUAUUUC